AUGCUGACACAUCCGUUCGGUGUGGUAGGUCGCACCGGCACCUCCACCAGCGUCGGCAAGAUCGAGCGCGUCCUCACGGAGCCCACCCAGGCCGGCGAUGCGCAGGUGACCGUUCAGGCCAGCGAGAAGGAUCCUAGAUACGAGAUCAGAAAUGAGAAAACUGGCAAGGCGGCUGCUGUCAAGGAGGAGAACAUCGAGAGCGUCAUUGAGUAAGAGCGUCAUCGAUUGGAGCAAGUCAUCGUUGUCUUGCUUAAAUGGAAGUCAUGAGCUCGACUGGGAAUUUCCUGUAUAAUAGCAAUAGCUUAAUAGUCCCUUGAGUUCAUGUGACUUUGG